AUGCCAGAACCUUCCAAAUCUGCACAUGCUCCCAAAAAGGGCUCCAAGAAAGCGGUGGCCAAGAGCCAGGCAAAGGGAGGAAAAAAGCGCAGAAAGACCAGGAAGGAGAGCUAUGCUAUCUACGUGUACAAAGUGCUGAAGCAGGUUCACCCUGAUGCCGGGAUCUCUUCUAAGGCGAUGGGAAUCAUGAACUCGUUUGUCAACAACAUUUUUGAACGCAUCGCCGGAGAGUCUUCUCGUCUGGCUCACUACAACAAGCGCUCCACCAUCACUUCCAGGGAGAUCCAGACAGCCGUGCGUCUUCUGCUCCCCGGAGAGCUGGCCAAGCACGUCGUGUCUGAGGGCACCAAGGCCGUCACCAAGUACACCAGCUCCAAGUAA